AGGAGAUUACAGAGAUGGGAUUAACAAUAGAAGAGACUAUUGUUGAAUUUGCCAAUGUUGAGCCAACAACACCCACAAAUUCAGAAGAUCGUACUUCUCUAUUACCAGAGGUUAAAGAGUUUGCCUUGGUACGCAGAAGCAAUAACAGCAGAACAUGCUUCAAUUUUAGUGUAGAGGAGAGGUCGACAGGUCGUUUCACUUUUAUCGACAGUCUGUGCAAGAGUGUUCUUUGAUCUUUGAGAUGCCCUCU